UCAUUAUCUUCUCGUCUGAUAUCUUUUAUUCGACUACUUCUACUAACAUCCCCAAAAAUGGAAUCCUUUGCCACCUCGGACAAACUCUUUGAAAGCCGCGAGUUCGUCAAAGGACUCGAGGAGCUGAAAAAGCGACGUGAAGAUGGCGAGAUGACUUGUGAUCUUCUCUGGAGAAUGUGCCGCUUCUGCCACGAACUUUCGACGACGAUGAGCGGAGAGCAGCGACGAAAGAUGCUGAUCGAAGGACGCGACUACGGAUUGGAAGCCAUGGAUCUUGAUCCAUCAAGCUUCCUUGCCGCUAAAUGGACUGCCAUCAUGUUCGGACUUGUUGUCGAUCAACUGCCAACUAAGGAGAAGAUCAAUGACGGUGGACGGCUCAAGGACAUGCUCGACAAGGCUCUCGAAUUGGAUCCAACCGACUUUGCUCUUCUCCAUCUUCGUGCUCGCUUCUCUUACACCAUCGCGAACCUUUCAUGGCUUGAAAGAAAAGCAGCUUCAAUGCUCUACAGCGAAGUUCCAAAAGCAACGAUCGACGACGCUCUCGUCGACUUCAAAGCCGCCUACAACCAAAACGCUGAUUGGAUCGAGAAUUUGCUGUUCCUGUCGAAAUGUCAUCUUGCCAAGAAGGAGAAGCAGCAAGCACGUGAGAUGCUGAACAAGGCGAUCGUCUUACCUGCCGCUUCAUCGAAUGAUGCUCAAUUCGUCACGGAGUGCAAGUCUCUUCUCCAAAAAUGCUAAUUCGAUCUAUUUGACUACGGUUUCUUAUUGAUUCCUGCCCCCCUCUCUCCCCAAUUAACUUCAUAUUUUGCAUCAAUGAAUUUUUCUGUAAAUAAAGAAUUUUUACCUGUG